CUUUCUUUGUCAUCACAUGGAAAUGACAUUUUCUGGGAAGGAACAAAACCAUAUUUUUGGGAAGGAGCCUCCUGUGUAUGACUGGCCGCCAUUUACCGAGGUUGAUCAUCACGUGUUUCUGGUGGUUGACUGUUGCACCAAUCAUCAUCCGAGCUGAUUUCCCCCCGCAUCUCCGAAAGUUGUCUGCCACUGCGCGGCUGCGCCCACACCCAGUGACCCAUCAGUCUCUUCCUACACUACUCCCUACUCCGUACACUGCGCACAGAUUUCCACAUGCCUGGCAUCCCACACAACACCUUGACACGACCCCUGGGAUACCUCACUGGUCUUCUCCCUUGGACCACUCACCAAUAAGCCCAGUGGGAUCAGCUCCCCACCAAAAUCCCCGCCCGGGCUCGUCCAGCCGCCUGGCCACUUUGUGCCACUCGUGCCACUCGUGCCACUGGAAUCGUUCUAGCGAAAGCUAUGAUGACAUGGCCGUUUUGCUCAAGUCCAUUUUUCAGCCCCCGUGCCUGGGGCCCCUCUAGCGGGAGUCUAUCCGUGCCUCGGCGGAAAGGGAGCUCGACAUGACAAGAAUUUUGUGAGGCACACCGGAAAAGUGUGUCCUGUGAUGCGGAACCGUAGCUGUCUGUACCUGAGCACGCGUCCGUACAGUGACGAUUUCACGACUUGGCCGUGCGCCAAAGGAAAAUUGCUUGGAGUCUACGGAGUUACUUGUUGCCAUUCCCCAUGCUUCGGAUCAGAACGGUGCAUUUUCGGCUCCUGCUCAGCACAUCUUCCCAGACCCUCUUGUAUACUAAAACAACUCGGUCUUCCUCAGUUUGACUCUCGCUUUCCCCGCUGGUUUUUUUCUCGACCUUUUGGACUUUCCACCUCUCUCCUCUCCAGCCAAUUGUGCAGAGCUAUUUGACUGGAUUAGAAAAACUGUUUCUUUUGCAUCGGAUUUGCUGUGCUUGAUACCACUGUCGUUGCCAUACUUAAAGUAGCCAGCUGGGUCACUGGAGCUUGCAGCGCAAAAGCCAGGCUAUUUCCCCUUUGCAAGACACGAACAGAAAUCAACCACUGGUGGAGCCACCGUUCUCAGAACCACCUUCUUUGACCACCCGCAACGAUCCUCAUCCGAGGCGGCAGUCGCGACCAUGUCGGCGAAAAGUGUCAAGGGUGAAGGGGGCAAAAAGCCCGCGAGCGCUGCAACCAACCUAAUAGCCGGUGGUGGUGCGGGCAUGAUGGAAGCCCUGGUGUGUCAUCCCUUGGACACAAUCAAAGUGCGAAUGCAGCUUUCAAGACGAGGAAGAACACCUGGACAAAAGCCGCGUGGGUUCUACCAGACUGGAAAGGACAUUGUUAAACGAGAAACAUUCCUGGGCUUAUACAAGGGACUGGGUGCCGUGUUAAGUGGUAUCAUCCCCAAGAUGGCUAUUCGAUUCACAUCGUAUGAAUGGUACAAGCAAGCAUUAGCCAAUGAACAAGGAGUGGUGACUUCCAAAGCGACGUUUUUGGCUGGUCUCGGUGCAGGUGUUACCGAAGCUGUCGCCGUUGUGACACCCAUGGAAGUGGUCAAGAUUCGGAUGCAGGCUCAAUACCACAGUCUGUCGGACCCACUGGACGUUCCCAAGUACCGAAGCGCACCUCAUGCUCUCCUGACGGUGGUCCGAGAGGAAGGCAUCGGCGCACUUUAUCGCGGAGUGUCUCUGACCGCAUUGAGACAAGGAACCAACCAGGCCGUCAACUUCACCGCAUACUCCGAGUUCAAGGAGCAGCUACAAAAGUGGCAACCACAGUACGAAGGCCAGAACCUGCCGUCAUACCAAACGACAUUUAUCGGUUUGAUUUCCGGUGCCAUGGGACCUUUCUCGAAUGCUCCCAUUGACACGAUCAAGACCCGACUCCAGAAGACACCUGCGGAACCGGGUCAGACUGCGGUUUCCAGAAUUGUGAACAUCUCUCGAGACAUGUUCAAGCAAGAAGGCGCUCGAGCAUUCUACAAGGGAAUCACUCCGCGAGUGAUGCGAGUGGCGCCCGGCCAAGCAGUCACCUUCACAGUGUAUGAAUACCUCAAGAAGAAACUAGAAGACAGCCGGAUACCGUUCACAGGAGGCAGCUACGAGGAAUAAAGAGGCAGAACGCUCAACCUUGACGUUUAGCAUGGCAUUGAACAUGAUUGAAUUGGUGCAUGAUGAUUCGGCAUUGUCAAAUCACUGUAUGAGGCCACCAUCUCAUGUAUCAUCCGGCAUGGCGAGGCAUUCAAAAAACGCAGAAUUAGGUUGAUCUUGUACAUAGAGUGGCGCAUACUUGAAUAUGGUUUGUUGGACAAUCUAAUGUGCAUUUACGCAAGCAGGAUUGCAUCUUGAAAAGAGAGUCGACG